UCGGCUCUUCCCAUUUCUCGCGUCCCCGGGCCAAGGGAGAAGAGACCACGAGUCCACGACCAAGGCUACCUACCCGGCCCGGCCACGGCCACUCCCCUCCCGCCUCCCCUGUCCCCUCCCUCGAUCCACGUUUGUCCAUCUCCCUGCCUCCGCGGAUCUGCUCGUCCUGGAAGGAGGCGAGGAUUCGCUAACUGCUGUGGUAGUGGGAACUGGAAAAUGAGGAUUCGCGACGAAUUGGGAGACGGUGAAGGGGUGCUGGCGGGGCAGCAGGAGCAGGAGGAGGAGGUCGUACGUUUGAAGGCGAAGCGCGCGCUCGUCGGCGCCGGCGCGAGGGUGCUGUUCUACCCGACGCUGCUGUACAACGUCCUGCGCAACCGGUUGGAGGCGGACUUCCGGUGGUGGGAUCGCGUCGACCAGAUUAUUUUACUUGGCGCUGUUCCGUUUCAAAGUGAUGUUCCACGUUUGAAGCAACUAGGAGUUCGAGGAGUUGUAACGUUGAGUGAACCUUAUGAGACUCUUGUCCCAACAUCUUUAUACCAGGCCCAUGAGAUUGAGCACCUGGUAAUUCCAACAAGAGAUUAUCUGUUUGCACCUUCGCUUGAGGAUAUUUCUCAAGCCAUAUAUUUCAUCCACUGUAAUGCAUCACAAGGUGGUACUACCUAUGUCCACUGUAAAGCAGGAAGAGGGCGUAGCACCACUAUUGUAUUGUGCUACUUGAUUAAAUACAGGAGCAUGACCCCUGAAGCAGCUUUGGAUCAUGUCCGAUCCAUUAGGCCUAGAGUACUUUUGGCACCAUCGCAGUGGCAGGCUAUUAACACAUUUAGGACUCUCGUCGCUGGACAACUUCCAGUAAGAAGUACAAACCUGGGCAGUUUCCUAGAAGCCGUUGAAGCUUGUCGCACAAACACAGAAAAUGAUGAGUACCAUGCAAUGGAGUUUGAUAACGAAAACAGCAGUUUACUAAUAACUCAAAUUAUGCUACAUAGGCCAGCCAGCCCCACUCAGUCCAUCGAUGCGGUCCUUAUAACAGAAGCAGAUCUUGAGGGCUAUGAUAAGUAUGUCGAUAUGAGAAAGGAUGCAUUGGAAGUAGCCACUCGCAGGCCCAUCAUGAGGAGAUUGUCCUGCCUCUUUGGCUCCCUGAAACUUAAUAACAGCAACUGUGUGCCACCACCAAGCCGGUUCACAGAGGUUCACGCGUGCUAGCCUUCUUUCCCCAGUUUCCCGUGUUGUGAAUGAAAACUUGAAGAGAGAUAGGUGCAUCUCUAGAUAAGCCAUCAGCCAAAUAGGAUUGUAGAAGCUGCGGAGUUUCUACAGCCAUGGCAAUGCCAUCGGGAAGAAAGUUGUGUGCAUAUACAUAGAGGUUUUAGUCCUUAGCGUAGAGUUGUGAAUACGUUGAUUAUCCUUGUUUUUCCUCGAAAACUUGUGAUUCAAUUGCACCAUUGUUCCAUUGGAAUAAAAAGGCAAUUCCAGGUUCCAGCCAACGGAAUGGAGGCAAAAUGACCUCGAUUCCAUCAA